UUUGGUUGUUUUCUGGGUGGAGAGAAGCUGCAUACUGUAGGAGUCAGCUUGCUGCAGAAGUGAUGGCGAUCCCUUCGUUCUUACCUGUCCUUGGCACCAAGAGUCACCGAGCUGACUAUAAGCCCUUGCAGACUUUGAGCCACAUGCUGCUGUGGAUAACUGUGCUAUUCCUGGCUCCUGUUGCUGGGACCUCUGCAGACCCCCCGAAGGCUGUGGUGAGACUGGAGCCCCCAUGGAUCCAGGUGCUCCGGGGAGACCGCGUGACUCUGACCUGCGAGGGUGCCCCCAGCCCUGGGAACCACUCCACCCAGUGGCUCCACAACGGGAGACUCAUCCCUACCCAGGUCCUGCCCAGCUACCGGUUCACUGCCAAGGGCAAUGACAGCGGAGAGUACAGGUGCCAGGCGGGCGGGACCAGUCUCAGCGACCCUGUGCGUCUGGACGUGAUUUCUGACUGGCUGGUGCUCCAGACUUCUCAACUGAUUUUCCAGGAGGGGGACGUCAUCGUGCUGCGGUGCCACAGCUGGAAUAACUGGCCUUUGGCCAAGGUCACAUUCUACCACAAUGGGGUAGCCAAGAAAUAUUUCUCUAUCAGUAAAAAUUUCUCCAUCCCACAAGCAAACCACAGUCACAGUGGUGCUUACAACUGCACGGGAUUAAUAGGAAGGACAUCUCACACAUCACCGCCUGUGACCAUCACUGUCCAAGGGCCCAAGUCAAGCGACUCUUCAAUGGUGGUGAUAAUUGUGGCUGCAGUCAUUGGGAUUGCUACAGCGGCCAUUGUUGUUGCUGUAGUAGCUAUCAUCUGCCUCAAGAAAAAGCAGCCUCCAGGAAACCCUGAGCACAGGGAAAUGGGAGAAACCCUCCCCGAGGACCCAGGUGAGUACAGCGUUGUCUUUGGGGGCUCAAUGAUGUCCUGUCCAGGACUGCCAGAUGGAUUGGAGCCAGCAAGAACUGACUUGUCCAAUCUCUCUGAUCCUGAGGAGGUCGCUAAAUCUGAGGUUGAAAAUACAAUCACCUAUUCACUUCUCAAGCACCCGGAAGCUCAGGAUGAUGACACAGAGCAUGACUAUCAGAACCACAUUUAAUCUCCAUUAUCUGGCCCUGGGAUUUGGGGGAGAAAAAUCAAGAAGUGAAGAUCUGCUAUCUCCAGGCCUAAGGUUCCCUUGGAGAGGUCGAGAGGAUGCUGAAGUUCAAAGAAGGAGCAGGAUUUUUCCAGAGUCCUGUAUGUGAGUCCUAAAGUUCUUUGGCCUGACACUAACAGAAAAUAUGAACUCUGAAGGCUGGCUGAUUCUGUGCCUCAGCACUUCCCUACAUCAGGGCUGUUAUACAGCCCCACAGCCAACAAAAUGAUAAAAUUAAUAUUGCUAAGAGAUUUUAACAACAUGUGACAUGCCUACAUUAUGGGUAACAUGAGAAAAAUUACAUAAGUAUAUAUGAUUUCAGAAGUGAUAAAAUCAACUAACAUCUACCAACAUAUUAAAAAUGAUUGUUUCAGGGUGAUAGAAUUAUCAGUGGUUUUUGUUCUUUCUUAUUUUCCUACAAAUCUAUAAGUUUAUUUUCCUAUAAAUCCUAUAAAUCAUGUACUGUAUUUGUAAUAAAAUAUUAUGAAAAC